UUUAAAUACUCGCCGGGACGCUAGCACUACGGCUCGUACGUUCCUAACUAUUAGUUUCGUUACCUCGCGGCACUACCGCCCGUCGCGUUCGUCUAUGCUCGCGUUCGUUUGUUUUGUUUAAUUCGCCGCGUUAACGAGUUCUAUCAGUGACGCAUUGUUCAGUGCUACCGUUAAUUCGCUCUCUUAUUCGUGGUUUUUCACCCUCGGACUUUUCAUUCCGUUGCCCCUCACUACCGUCCCGUCAGGAUAAGUGUUAGUCCAAUGCCCCGCGUAUAAUCCGAAGUGCGACAAGAAGUGUUGUGUGUGCCGGGCACGAACAAAAUGUACCUGCACGGUGUGAUAGUGUUGUUGUGGGCGCUGGUCGUCCGCGGGCAGCAAGACAGUACCUACCUGGACCCGAACAAGUUCAUCCACUCCCAACAGGAGAACGAGCGCAUCCAAACCCGUCUCCGGGACUUCCUGCAGCAGAACCCGGACAGCGCCCAGGAUCCGAACCUGAGCAGGGACCUCCUGACCAGGUUCCAGCAGAACCAAGGGGUCGACUCCACGCGGUACCGGAGCGACGAGGCCCAGUUCGGGCGUCGGCAGCAGAGCUCCCAGCGCUUCGAGACCUCGGACAACCCGACCCCGCGCUACGACGUCCGGGAGCCGUACCUCCGGACGCGGGGACAGCAGGACCAGCGAGUCAGCGAUGCCGACCGCUACAACGUGGACGACAACCAGCGGCCCUUCAACAGGGACCAGCGGCCCUUCACCAGGGACGAGCUCGCCGACCGCCAGCGUAACUUCGGCAGGGACCCCCUCGUUCGCGGAGGCCAGCAGUCGCGCUUCCUGAAUUCCGGCUUCGACGGACAACGGCUCGGCGCCCCGCGCGGCAAGACGUAUCUGCCGGACACGGACCUCAGGCGGUUCUUGCACCAAAUCGACCUGGCCGCCUCGCAGCAGUGCACCAACAACGUCAUCGCUCAAUGGGAUUUCGAGACUAAUGUCAACGAGGCGACUCAAGUUAGAGCGUUGGAGUCACAACUAGCGCACGCUGACUUCCAGCGAAAAGUUCAUGAACUGGUCUCCCAGAUCGACGAGGAUGGUGUCCAGGAUCAAAAACUGCGAAGACAGCUCAAAUACUUGGCAGUGGUUGGCCAUGCAGCUUUGCCGCGAGACCAACUCAACAGGUAUAAUUCCCUGAUAAAUGAAAUGCUCGCAAUAUACAACAGUGCAACAAUAUGCGCCCAUCAAAGCCCCCUCAGGUGCAACUUGAGACUCGAUCCAGAAUUAUCCGUAAUUAUGGCCCGAAGUCGGGACUGGAACGAGCUUCAACAUACGUGGACGGAAUUCCGGAGAAAGACAGGAAUGAAAAUAAAGGAUCUAUUCGAGAACUUGGUAGACUUGAGUAACUACGCUGCACAACUUAACAACAUGACAGAUGCUUCUGAGUAUUGGAUGUUUCCCUACGAGUCUCCGUCGUUCAGAUUCGAGUUGGAAGAUGUCUGGGAGCAAAUCAAACCCCUCUACGAGCAACUCCAUGCCUACGUCAGGAGGAAGCUACGAGAUCUGUAUGGACCCGAGAAAAUAAGUCGGGAAGCUCCUCUCCCAGCUCACAUUCUUGGAAACAUGUGGGCGCAGUCGUGGAGUAAUAUACUGGAUAUCACAAUCCCUUAUCCGGGCAAAAAUGUCUUGGAUGUGACUCCUCAGAUGCUACAGCAGGGUUACACUCCCGAAGCCAUGUUCAGAAUAGCAGAGGACUUCUUUGUUUCGUUAAACAUGAGCGCAAUGCCACCUGAAUUUUGGGCGAACUCAAUUUUCGCCGAACUUCCCGAUCGUCCUAUUAUAUGCCAGCCGUCUGCAUGGGACUUUUGCAAUCGACGUGAUUACAGGAUAAAGAUGUGCGCUCAAGUGAACAUGAAAGACUUCAUAACAGUUCAUCACGAAAUGGCACACAUCCAGUACUUUUUGAAAUAUCGGAAUCAACCAAAGAUAUUUAGAGACGGCGCGAACCCAGGAUUCCACGAGGCAAUAAGCGAAGCCAUUGCUUUGUCUGUUUCAAAUCCGAAGCACAUGCAGACACUGGGUUUGGUGCAAACGUCCAUCGAUGACCUGCCUCACAAUAUCAAUUAUUUGUUCAGUAUGGCCAUGGACAAACUUCCAUUCAUGCCGUUCUCGUUGUCUUUAGAUCUGUGGCGUUACGACAUAUUUAGGAAUAACGUCGGCAAACAGAGAUAUAACUGCCACUGGUGGGAUCUCAGGGAAAGACUGAGCGGUGUAAAACCACCAGUUCUUCGUUCAGAGGUAGAUUUCGACGCUGGUUCGAAGUAUCAUGUUCCUGCUAACAUUCCAUACAUAGGGUAUUUCGUGGGCACCGUUCUCCAAUUCCAAAUCCAUCGUGCUUUAUGUCGCGCCGCCAACCAGUACAACCCAGAUGAUCCGAGCAAACCCCUGCAUAAGUGUGAUAUUUACCGCAGCAAAGAGGCAGGGUACCUCCUUAGCAAUUUGAUGGAGCUAGGGUCCUCCCAACACUGGACACAGACUCUGUACGAGGCAACUGGAGAGACAAGGUUGAGUGGUGAUGCGCUGCGGGAGUAUUUCAGGCCGCUCGAGGAUUGGCUCCGCAGUGAGAACGUCCGAACCAACGAAUUCAUUGGUUGGAUUUAUGAUGGUGACUAUUGCAAGCACAGUAUAGAGACGGCCAACUUACAGGUCUACGGAGGAUAUUACAACGCAGCCUCGAGAUCCUUCGGUACAACUUUAGUGUUUGGAAUUGCUAGUCUCGCGCUCGGAGCCAUCUACUUCGCCUAAAUGCUCUGCGCAAAACACAGCAAGGAAAAAAACCACCGAGGGUCUGAGACUUGGGUGUUCAGCUAUCUGCAAUUUUGAUUCACCUAAACUUUCCAGGUCACCAGGACUUCACGAUCAUUCACCCUCAGUAGCAGAUCCCAGCUGUGGGAGGUAUUGGGUGAAUCUAUCCAGAGGCGGAUCCAGCAAUUUGGCAACACCGGAUUUCCUCCAUUUAAACCUAUGCUAAAUGAUCGAUUUUUGUCGGAGCACCUGGCCCCUCCAAGAAUCGAUACAUUUCCAUAGAUUUAAAUGUAGAAAAAACAAUGUUGCCAAUUUGCUGGAUCCGCCAAUUUGACCGUAAUUUAUAGAUCCGAGUUUUUUUCGUGAGUUUUUGAUACGAUGUCGUUACAUUCACACACGGAAUUUCAAUUUCAGUCAUCGGAAGAUGAAGAUGAAGAUAUACCUAUUUUGUAUCGUUUACAUUCUAACAGAAAAAUUCAACUUUUUCUCGAAAGUGCCUAUAUAGGCAUUGAAAGUGCCCUAAUUCAAAUCAACCAAGCGUAGUGGCUAAGAAUGUCAAAGGAUUUUAGAAGAGAUAUGUACUUCUACUUACAUUUUCAAUUCACAUACAUAGUUAAAAAAAUGAAGAAGAAGAAUAUUCAGUUUUAUUGCUCGGAUGUAUACAUAGUGCGAUUCUUAUUCAAAAAGACAGCUGCUGCUUUUUUAGGGUCCUGUAUUUUGGUGUUCUAUUCACAUUAAGCAUCUGCUACUAUAUUUGGCAGGUAUAGACUUUUCCAGCAUAGCCGAUGAUCACAAAAUUCGAUGUGAAACUCGUGGUAUAUGUACAGGUGGAUUUUUUCCUGAUACCGCUACUAUGUUCAAACAAAAGGCAUAGUUUUGUACUAACCUGUAAAAUGAUAACUCAAAAAUGUUAAUAUUCAUUAAAACAUUGAAUUCAUUUGAGUUUCCUAUCGAAAAUUCCCCUUGCAAUAAGGUCGAGCUCAAAGUUUUCCAUGUCCAGGAAUUAAUAAACUCUCUUUUACAAUUAUUUGCGAAGUUUGGAAUUUCAUAGGUAAAAUGUAAGAAUACAAACUGUUUCAGCAGUUAUUAUUUUUAUCCUCUUCCUCUUCUAAUUCUUCUUCUUUAUUUUCUUCUUUCCCUCCGUCUUAUUUGUCUCCUUCCUAUCAAUGUAAAUUCGAAGUGCCCGGUACAAGUAAGUAGGUACAUGGCAGCAAAAAGGUGAGUCAUACAAAUAUGAAAGUCCUCUGUUACCUAAGUGAAAUUCCUUUUUAUUUAAAUUAAUUUAUUCAAGAAAAUAAACAGUUAAAUCUAAGAAGGAAGAAAAGAAGAGAGAGAAUAAAAUAAAAUAAAAUAAAUAAAAUGAAAUUGGAAAAGAGAGAAAAAAAUAAUAGGGAAUUAGAAGAGUAGAAGAGAAAAAAAUAAAAUGGAAUAAAAUAAGGAAGAAAGGAAAGAAAAAAGUAAAGAAAGGAAAUGAUUCAAAAAGACUAAAUUAAUGUACACUCAUCGUAUUAAGUGUGAAUGCAGAGUCAAGUUUUCAAAAUUCUUCUUUUUUCUUCAAACUAUAUUAGGUAUCAAGCUUACGACGAUUUUCCUCUAGUAAUCAUCAUGUUCUUCAAAGCUCAAUUUUUUAACAAGAAAAUGAUAAAAUAGUGCGUAGGACCAAAAUUAUCAUGGAAGUUACCAAAUUUUAUAAUGAUGAAAGUGAUGACAGAUGUACCACAACAAGAAGAACGAUCACUUUCUCAGCAAUGCUAUCGGGGAAGAUGGUAGUGGUCAUCAGCCAUGAGCCGGUUUUGACAAUGAUUUCUCUCUGGUUGAAGAUGGCUCAGACAACAUGUCUGCAGCACCAUUGUAUAGUCAGUAAGUUAUCGCCUGGGCUAAGCGCUCGUCACGAAAUGAAUUAUGUCUUUUCAUAUUACCAUAUUAUCCGCUAAUCUGUGAUCUAGCUGCCGACGAUUUACUUAUAGAAGUGUCUAUUGUAACUGUUUUUAUAUUUUAAUUUAACUGCAACAUAUCUGUAAAUAAGAUAAUUUUUCUGUAUAAAUUAA